UGUGGGUUGCCGUAGUGACAGGAAGUAGGAAUAUGCUACGAGAUUUUAUUUGCUAAUUUUGGUUUAAUAAUGGCACAAUUAUUUUAUAACAAUAAGUUACAUGGCAUUUCAGUUAAUGUUUGUUUGUAAAAUUACCGGUGCUUAAAAGAAAACUAUAUUUGUAUUAAGUCAUGGAAAUGCAUGACCCGGAAGUGUGUGUUGUCAGUAGCGGGAGAGAACGGACACAAGAGAAGUCAGAGAGAAACGAAAUCGUCGAUAAAAGACUCAAAUCUACUAACGAUAUUCUACUACUGGUCAACAGGCGCACACGUUUUCACGGUGUUCCAGGUGUUCCAUUGAUGAUCCGUGCAUCGUUUAUGAUCUGUAAAAGAAAUAAAUGUCUGUGGACAUCAGUACGAAGCGUGAAGUCCUUUUGAGCAGACCAGAGUAGCUACAGUGAAAACGUGACCUGAUUCAUCGCACCGAGGGGGCGUUAUAGUGAAAACGUGACCUGAUUCAUCGCACCGAGGGGGCGUUAUAGCGACACGUGACCUGAUACGGCGCACUGAGGCGGCUUCACCCUGCAUCCACAAGGCGGCGCCAGAGUUCUUCACAUCCUGCCGCAAGCUACAGGCUUCAGAGUUCAACUGCGGGAGUAAGAUCAAGUCCAAAUGCGCAUCCUAUGGUCAGAUUGUGUAAUUAAACGGCCUCUGCUACUGAUGGAUGAAUAAGAGUUGAAUAAACACAAAAUGACUUCCAAUGAUAAUCCCUUGUUACAAAAUGAUUGCCAUAUUAACCAUGAGCCUCAAGAGCAAGGCAAACAAUGUACAGAAGCAGAUGUAAGACCAAAAGAAACUGUAAAGUAUGCUGUAACUGAUCAAGCUAAAACAGAGAUUAGAAAAUCCUCCCGUGAAAGACAUUUUACACCUAAAAUGCAGGAGCUAAAAGAGCAAGAAUUGGUCCAAAAGGAAAGAAAGUUCCAGUCAGUCUACGACAAGUGGAAAAUUAAAGUAAGAAACAUUCGCACAAGAUUAAAGGAAGAAUGCCCAGAAAAAGACUUAUACAGCAUGAUGGAUGAUGUUGAAUUGUUUGAUUCUGAAUUGAAAGAACUGUAUGACGAUAUCAGAAAGCAAACAGCCCCAAAUCAAGAAAUUCGGAGGAAAGUUGAUGCAUGCUCUGCUGUAACUUUGGACUUGAUGCAGUUAAUGAGAGUACGGCUAACAGAGGAUGCAAGUGAGUUUGAUGCGGUAGCAGAAAAGGCAAGAUUACGCAUGCUCCUUGACAAUGAAUAUGCCAGAUCAAUAUAUGGAUCUACCACCUCCAGAGUAACUGCACACAGCCCUCAUUCUGACCAUUUCUCAGAGUCAACCAGCAUCUCUCACAAGAGAGCCGAGACAGCCGCACAGCUAGCUGCAAAGAAAGCUGAAAUUGAAAUGGAAGAUGCUAUUGAAGCUCAUCGUCAACAACUGAAAAGGCUUGAAAACCAAAGAGACAUUGAAGUAAUGCAAGCAAAGCUGAAGGUUUACACUGAAGAGGAGAUCAAAGACAAAAAUGAGAAAUGUGCACAUGGUAAAGUAAGUUCUAGCCUGUCCACCUCUUAUAUUGAAUGUCACAGUGAUGCCCAGCCAGUCACAAAAAAUGAGUCAGCCAUUGUGCAGGCAGUUCAAGAGUCAAUAGCUCUUACUCGGUUACCUGCUCCAGAGCCUACUGUGUUUUAUGGUGACCCUCUAAAGUUUAUAGAGUGGAGCACAAGCUUUAAAGCUCUUAUAGAAAGACGCUGCUCAAAUCCUGCAGACAGGCUAUUUUACCUGCAAAGAUACAUUGCAGGAGAGGCAAAAUCCACACUUGAAGGCAGCUUCUACCGGAAAGAUGAAGAAGCCUAUAAGCAAGCAUGGGACAGGCUCGAUGCAAGAUAUGGACAUUCAUUUAUAGUGCAACGUGCUUUUAGAGAGAAACUUAACAAAUGGCCAAAAAUUGGUGGAAAAGAGUAUGUCAAACUGAGAGAGUUCAGUGAUUUCCUGCAAACAUGUAGCAAUGCAAUGCCUCACAUAAAAGGUCUACAAGUGCUAAAUGACUGUGAGGAGAACCAGAAGUUGCUGGUCAAACUCCCAGAUUGGAUAACAUCCAGGUGGAAUCGCUAUGUAACAGAACAGCUAGAUCAAGGUAAGGACUAUCCAAGCUUCCAAGACUUUGCUUCCUUUAUCUCUAAGGAGGCACGCAUAGCAUGCUUCAGACACCUCAGCCACUGCAACUAA